UUCAGUGUUGACAAACACCAUACAAGCUUACGCUGAGGCAAAACAGAAAAUUACGGGCAAAAAAUAGCGCAAACGCCUCGCAACGCCAUGAACUCGGCUACAAAGGUUGGGGAGAUAUUCACGGCCGCCGGACAGGCGUUCAGCAGACUGGGCGAUCUCACCAUGCAGCUGCAUCCCAACGCCGAGUCGCCUUCGGGGAAGUGGACAGACGAGGAGAUCGACAUGCUGCACUCGUCGAUUAUGCGCUUUUCGGACGACCUGAGCAAGAUUAGCCUGAGCAUCAAGAACCGCACCGUAUCCCAGAUACGGCAGGCUCUGAAGAAAAAGGCCUUUGAGGACGCCGGCAUACCCGCUAAGCAAGUGCCCGUCCAGCAAGUGCAGCAGGUCCUCCUGACACAGCCCCUUAUCCAGACACAGCCUCAGCUGCAGCAACAGCCACAACCACAGCUACAGUUACAACAGACCCAGCCACAGCAGCCUUCCCUGCCUCAACAGCCCCAGCAGCAACUGCAGCCAACUCAAGUAUUUAAGCAUGUGGCUUUGGUGGCACAACCCAAGCAAAUCAUAUUGCAACAGCCACUCCAGCAAAACACAGGCACCACUGUCACAGUAAAGCAGUAUCAUCAGAUGCAGAAGGCGGCGGCUUUGGCGGCAGCACAAGCGGCAGCAGCUGCAAACACACCCACAAUCACGGAAAACAUCAUUAUCCAGCAGCCUACUUCAACUUCCACUACUGCGGUAACAGCAACAACAGGCGCUGCUGUGCUGCCCUUAGUGCCUGCUGCUGUCACAACAGUCCUAGCGCCCGCGGUUGUGAUUGCCGAGGAUGUGGUUAGUACCACCUCUAAUCCUCCGGCAGCAGCAACUGGAACAGUUGCUGUUGUUACUUCUGGGGCGACAAUGCCAACGGAAACUGGAACACCAGCGGGUCUUAAGUGUGGCCCAGAUGUAUCGAUGACCCUCAACCGCAUCAACGUUCAGGAGAAUGAGGUCGAUGUAGAGGAGUGCUUGCCCGCGGAGGUGGUCAAACUGGACUUUGUAAGCGAGGAAGUGGCCGGGUGAGGGCUGGAAUUCUUUUACUAGCGCUGUGGAAGAAGGAAAACCACAAAUCUAGAUUGAGAACUCUUUAAAACAAACGGUUGAGAAGCCGCCCUAGCCCUAAGCAUAAAUUGUUAAGUGUUGUCAUUUGAUAUACCUUGAAAUCACCUUUGUUCCCGGCCCCCAAAACACGAAACAAGGAUGUUGUGGAGAACACAGAGUGGAGUAAUGAUUCAGAGCAUAGAUAUUAAUAUCGGAGCUAAUAAGCUGCACCUAGACUUAAAUUAACGCAAGACACAGUAGUGCAAAGUACGUAACGACGAUCGUGUAAGUUGAAAGUGAAUAAAUGAGCAUUAUUUUAA